UUUGUUUCUUUCUUCUAUAUAAAUCCGACUUUGCUGCUAACCAAAAUCAAACUCAAGAUUGUUAUUUGAGGAAGGCAUUAAAAUUAAUUAAUUGUUGAAACCUCUCGCAAUGGAAGAGUCAAGAUGGAUUGCCUAUGCAGCUGCGUGGGUAUGGGCCACUGCACUCAUUCUGCUAGCAAAACAUCUCCGCCGGAGAAAGGUUAAUCUGCCGCCGGGGCCGAAACCGUGGCCGAUCAUCGGAAACCUGGGCCUCAUUGGUAGCUUACCCCAUCGUUCCAUCCACGACUUGUCAUUAAGGUACGGCCCCAUCAUGCAGCUCCGGUUCGGGUCCUUCCCGGUGGUUGUCGGAUCCUCCGUCGAAAUGGCCAAGACCUUCCUCAAAACCAUGGACAUCAACUUCGUUGGCAGGCCACAAACCGCCGCCGGAAAGUACACAACGUACAACUAUCGUGAUAUCACUUGGAGUGAAUAUGGCCCGUACUGGCGGCAAGCGCGGCGGAUUUGCACGACGGAGCUGUUCAGCUCAAAGCGUCUCAACUCAUAUGAAUACAUCCGAACGGGGGAGCUGGAAUCCAUCCUCUCCGAGCUGCACAAAAAGUCAUCAUCGGACCCAAGACAACCGCUAAUCUUGAAGGACUACCUGUCUACCCUGAGCUUGAAUGUGAUCAGCCGGAUGGUGCUGGGGAAGAGUUACUUAAAUGAGUCGGCAGGGGCUGUAUUGAGCCCUAAUGAAUUCAAGAAGAUGAUAGAUGAGUUGUUCUUGCUCAAUGGGGUGUUGGAUAUUGGAGAUUCCAUCCCAUGGAUCGCUUUCUUGGACUUACAGGGGAACAUAAAGAGGAUGAAGGCAUUGAGCAAGAAGUUUGACAGGUUUCUGGAGCACGUUCUUGAUGAACAUGAUAGUAGGAGGGCAGCCGAGGGGGAGGAGUUUGAGGCCAUGGAUAUGGUGGAUGUUUUGCUCCAGCUUGCUGAUGACCCUAACAAUGAAGUUAAGCUCGAGAGGAAUGGAAUCAAGGGCUUCACACAGGACAUAUUGGCUGGUGGAACAGAGAGCUCUGCAGUAACGGUGGAAUGGGCAGUCUCAGAGUUGCUGAAGAAGCGGGAGAUAUUAGAAAAGGCAACAGAAGAAUUAGACAGAGUGAUCGGGCGGGAGAGAUUGGUAGAAGAAAUAGACAUGCCAAAACUUCCCUACAUUCAAGCAAUUGUGAAAGAGACAAUGCGAUUGCACCCCGUGGCACCUAUGUUGGUUCCACGUGAAUGCCGCGAGGACUCAAAGGUUGCCGGUUACGACAUUCCCAAAGGCACCAGAGUCCUCGUGAGCGUCUGGGCUAUUGGAAGGGACCCUGCGCUGUGGGACAAUCCUAACGAGUUCAUUCCCGAUAGGUUCAUCGGGAAGGACAUCGAUGUAAAAGGCGGAGACUUUGAGUUACUCCCAUUUGGUGCAGGGAGAAGAAUGUGCCCCGGAUACAGUCUCGGGCUCAAGGUUAUUCAAGCUACUUUGGCUAACCUCUUGCAUGUAUUCAAGUGGAGUUUGCCUGAUGGUUUGACACCUGAUGAGCUCAACAUGGAAGAGAUUUUUGGGCUUUCAACACCAAAAAAGUUCCCUCUUUCUGUUAUUAUUGAGCCAAGGCUUUAGGUGUAUUUCUACUUGUCCAUAUGGGAGUAAAUUACCAAUAUGGGAGUAGAUCAUAGAACCUAUUCCAAAAUAGGAGUCUUACUUGGUCAACCACGUUUGACACGGAAAUUAUAUGCAAGUGACCAUAAUGACCUUAAUGAAGCUAAAGGUAUUACCGUUUUGAAAUCACGCGGAUUUGCUGAAAAGGUGGAAGUAACCGGCUACAUAGGUAAAGGAAGAUUUAAAAAAAAACAAAAACAGGAAGCCGGCAAAACUUCUCCCAUUCGCGUAAAAUAACAACUGCCUCCAUUAAAGCGCGAACCUGGAGAACACAACCAACAGCGCACAACACUAGAGAGAAACCGACAACACUUGGCCAUAGAGAGGACGAAGUGCAGAUUAUAGAGUAAAACUUGGCCAGAAGGACGAUAUUUGCCUGAAAAAGGACAAACUUCGCGAUAAGAACAACAGAUAUCAUGGCUGAUUCGGAUUUUCAAUCACAUGGCCAAAAAGUCAGAAUCAACAACGAAGUUGUAUGUUGUACUCACUAUAGAAGAAAUAUAAGUGUUAAAGCGAUGUUAAUCAUGUCCAUUUAUGAAUUUUGUAAUGCUUAAAUAAUCAUUGACAAUAGAAAGUGUAAAUGUAAUGAAAGUUGUGUGCAUGUCGUGCUAUGUAUUGUGUAGGUGUUGUAAAGUUAUCUGUAAUGUUUAUAUUCUAUGUGUAAUAAGUGUAUUAAUGUCACUGAUUUGAGAGAGUUAUUGUCCAUUCAUAUUGUAAUACUUAAAUCAUGUUUUAUAGUAUUUAAAUUAGGG